AUGGCCGAUAUCGAGGUGGCCGUCAAUGUGCGGUCCGAGCGGGGCCCGACCAAGAAGCGGAGACGGGUUGUCAUCUCGUGUACCGAGUGUCAUCGACGGAAGCAAAAGUGCGAUCGCGAGCUGCCAUGCGGGAACUGCAGGUCUAGGAACAAGGAAGCCCACUGCGCCUAUGAGGCCGGAGCGCCCACCGCCCGCGACCAGGAGACGCAGGCUGGCCUCUACACCUCCAAGCACAGCGAUAGCGUCACACCUACUUCGAGGGCCGAGCCGCUGUCGUCUAUGGCCACGUCUUGGGGAUAUGCUCAGACGGGGGCGUCCACGCUCUGCUUUCUCCAGAAGAUUGAGAGGGCUAGCGAGGCGGAUGGAGAGGAUGCGCUGUCCAGCGCCUCAGGCCAGGCCACAUACUCAGAUACCUUUGCCGUCAAGGAGAAAUACAAGGGGCUGAUCCGACUGCUGCCCGCCAGGAUGUACAUUGACCAGCUGGCGGAAAUCUUUUUCAAGGACUUCAACUGGCAGUAUUACCUCGUCGAGCCCCAGAUCUUCUACGAGCUGCUUGACCAAUGGUCCAACUUGCCCUUCAAGGUCCUCUCUUCACGCGGCCCGGAGGCCUUGUCGCCGGAUCUGAGAGUCUUUCCAGCACUACUAUUUGAAGUCAUUGCAACAUCAAUGCUGGUUCUCCCCAAGCCUCUCCAUGAGUCUUUUGAAUCGCUCAAAUACGCUGCCAACAUGACGUUUGAGGAUUUGGCAGCCGACUACAUUGGAUUCAUGCGAGCGGCCUUCCUAAAGUACACCGCCAACGUUACUGAAUCGUGGCACCAGAUUGGUAGGACGAUAAGAGACGCACAAGAGCUUGGCAUGCAUCGAGAUGCACUCGACCCCAAGCCGACGUCUAACGAUGUGGAAAGCGUCUUGUUAAACCAGUGGCAGGUGGAGAAGAGGAGGCAUCUUUACAUGAUGUUGGCAACAUGGGACAUCCACAUGUGCCUCAUCUUAGGCCGCCCGGGCUCUCUAGAUUACAGGCAUGGAAUGCCAUCAAUUCCCAUUGAUGCACGUUUUACGACUGCCCAGGAUCGAUCCAAGACGCCAGUCAUCCCCAGGGAGGAAGGCAUCGAUCCUCCUACACCACUGACGAGAAACCUGUUUUUGUACAAAGUCAUGAUUCCACUGCGGGAUGUUCUGGACUUGGAGGCUGAAGGGCCGUGCCCCAGAGACUUUUCAAAGGUCCACAAGGUACAGCAGAACAUUAUGGAGAUCCACGAUAGCACGCCGGCCGUCUUUCGGAUAGAGAACCCCGACAGACAGUGGGAUCAUAGGCCUGAUCUGCAUUGGCUUCAGCAAGCAAGGUGCCUGUCUGAACAGAUGUUCCACUUCACGCUAGUCGCGCUUCAUCGGCCCUACAUCUUCCAUCGGGAAGAGAGUCGGGUUGAAGUCAUCAAGGGCAGUCUUGGCAUGCUGGAAAUGCAGAGGCAGCUGUUUGCAGGGUUGCCACCAAAAUCCUGGAGGAACUGGCAUUUAUUUUACGGUAGUUUCGACGCUGUGACGCUGAUUGCAACCAUCUACAUAUUGUUCCCUUACGAGAAUGCCGAGUAUCGAGAAAUGGCGCUGCAGCAUUGCCACUGGACGGUUGAGCGGUUUGCAACCAUGAAGGACAUGAACCCCUUGGCCAAGUCGGCGAUAGGAGUUCUCCGCGCAGUCGUGGCUAGACUAGUCAAAGCCAUUGGGAACUGCGCGCCCCCAUCUUCUAUCAGCGCUUCUGCUGAUACCCUACGCAACGCCUCUGACACGCCUCUAUCGACGACGAGGACCCUAGGGUCGACGCCGGCAAGUUCGAUCGGUAGGGGUUCGAUCGGCCGGAGCUCAGCCGAAGGAAGUGUCAAAGUGUCCUCUGAGCUGGUGUCGCCGGCGGUGGCGGCCCCGUCUACCGGAGAGGAUGGGUCGGCUGCUUUCUCAUCAAUGAUGCCUGGCGGAUGGGAGAUGCCGCAAGAUGGGAAUGGCUUCCCCGGCAUUGCGCCCUUCUUCGCGAUGGGAGAUCUCAUAUACAAAGAGCUGACGGUAGACCAGGACGAAGAAGUCGCACUAAAGACCGACACGGAGAUGCUCGGGGAUGAUUCAUUCCUGUGGCAAUUUGAGGGAGGGUUUGGGCAAGAUACAGUGUGGCAGCUCUUCAACCAGCAUCAGCCAGGUAGCAACGAAACUGGCUGA